AUGACUCGAUGGCUUCACCAUAACUCUCAAGAUGAGAGUGGUCUUCAUCUUCCACGAAUUCUCUGCCUUCACGGAGGUAGAAGCAAUGUUCGUAUUUUUCGCGCCCAAUGUCGCGCCCUUGAAAAAGCCCUCCGUCCCUGGUUUCGACUGUGCUACGCCGAGGCACCAUUCCCAUCCAAUCCCGGCCCGGAUGUGAAAUCUGUAUAUCACGCAUUUGGGCCCUUCCGCACGUGGAUUGAUUCGACAAACGCGAUUUUGCAAGAUAAUGAUACUGGCGCAACCGGCCCUGUGGUGGGUCUGCUUGGAUUCGGCCAAGGUGCAAAGAUAUGUGCCAGUCGGAUUCUUGAACAACAGCUGCUUGAUCAAGCGGUGAAUAGCCAAUCUGGUCUCCUUCCACAGUUUCAUUUUGCCAUCCUAUUCGCAGCGCAGGGUCCGCUAGUGACCUUAUCACCCUUAUCAGUGCAAGCAGAUAUUAUGCGAAAGAUGAAAAGUACGUUGAUGCAUGAUAACACUGCUUGUAUUGACUGUGAAGAUGGCAAAACAAACUUGGUUCUCACACGGGAACUCAUUCGGAUCCCCAUGGUUCAUGUACAUGGCCGACAGGAUCCAUCACUAGAGCAACAUCAAAAACUGUUAUACGAAUAUUUCGAUCCGCAGUAUGCUAGAGUGCUGGAAAGUGACAGCGCACAUCGGGCUCCACUCAACCCAAAAGAUGUGGCAACUUUGGUACAAGAGAUUAAAUUACUAUGUGCAUCUGUCUCGCUCAGACAGGUACCUGUUGCUCGAGACUUUCUCUAUUCUACUCUCUGA